GGGCCGGAGUCCGGUCUGGGGUCAAAGUCAGAGUGGUGGCCAUGGUCCUGGGGGUGGCAAGAAGGAUGACAAGGACAAGAAAAAGAAAUAUGAACCUCCUGUCCCAACCAGAGUGGGGAAAAAGAAGAAGAAAACCAAGGGACCAGAUGCUGCCAGCAAACUGCCACUGGUAACGCCUCACACUCAGUGCCGCCUAAAAUUACUGAAGUUAGAGAGAAUAAAAGACUAUCUUCUCAUGGAGGAAGAAUUCAUUAGAAAUCAGGAGCAGAUGAAACCAUUGGAAGAAAAACAAGAGGAGGAGAGAUCGAAAGUGGAUGAUCUCAGGGGGACUCCCAUGUCUGUGGGAACCUUGGAAGAGAUCAUUGAUGAUAAUCACGCCAUUGUGUCCACAUCUGUGGGCUCAGAACACUACGUCAGCAUCCUAUCAUUUGUGGACAAGGAUCUGCUGGAGCCAGGCUGUUCAGUCCUGCUCAACCACAAGGUGCAUGCCGUGAUAGGGGUGCUAAUGGAUGACACAGAUCCCCUGGUCACAGUGAUGAAGGUGGAAAAGGCCCCCCAGGAGACCUAUGCAGAUAUUGGGGGACUGGACAACCAAAUCCAGGAAAUUAAGGAAUCUGUGGAGCUUCCUCUUACCCAUCCUGAGUAUUACGAAGAGAUGGGGAUAAAGCCCCCUAAGGGGGUCAUUCUCUAUGGCCCACCAGGAACAGGUAAAACAUUAUUGGCCAAAGCAGUAGCGAACCAAACUUCAGCCACUUUCUUGAGAGUGGUUGGCUCAGAGCUUAUUCAGAAGUACCUGGGUGACGGGCCCAAACUCGUUCGGGAGCUGUUCCGAGUUGCUGAAGAACAUGCACCAUCCAUUGUGUUUAUUGACGAAAUUGAUGCCAUUGGGACCAAAAGAUACGAUUCAAACUCUGGAGGUGAGAGAGAAAUUCAACGAACAAUGUUGGAACUGUUGAACCAGUUGGAUGGAUUUGAUUCAAGGGGAGAUGUAAAAGUUAUCAUGGCUACAAACCGAAUAGAAACUUUGGAUCCAGCACUUAUCAGACCAGGCCGCAUUGACAGAAAGAUUGAGUUCCCUCUGCCUGAUGAAAAGACCAAGAAGCGGAUCUUCCAGAUUCACACAAGCAGGAUGACACUGGCUGAUGAUGUAACCUUGGAUGACUUGAUCAUGGCAAAGGAUGACCUCUCUGGGGCUGACAUCAAGGCAAUCUGUACAGAAGCUGGUUUGAUGGCCCUGCGGGAACGCAGAAUGAAAGUUACAAAUGAAGACUUCAAAAAAUCUAAAGAGAAUGUUCUUUAUAAAAAGCAAGAAGGCACCCCUGAGGGGCUCUAUCUCUAGUGACCCACGGUUGCCUUCAGGGAAGUUAAUGAAUUCCCCUCCUGGGAAGAUGGGAAGCUGCCCCAAGGAAUCCAUUUUUCCAGUGAGUUUCGCUGGUAGAGCCUAUCUUGAAGGAUGCUGUCCAGGGUGCCCAUCAGGCAUCUCCAUCUGUGGGUCACUGUGUUGUGCUGCUCUCUGCUCCCAAUAAAGGGUUGUCUGGUUUGCUUUC